ACCCGCCAAAUCCUAAAUUACAUUGGCGUACGCUAUGCAUCGUCAUUUGGUGUGUGAUAAGUGAAAUAUUCAAAACAAGGAUAAUAUUCAGCUUGACCGGUAAAUACGCUAGGUGUGAAAAUGUCGGUCUCGCAAUCGAGACUUGGAUUAGGGAAACGAAGUUUAAUGAAGAGAACGGAUAUUACUGUUGUGAAGACUUUAACAUAUGUUGAUUCGGAUGGCGAAUAUAGCCCACAUGAACUUGAUGUCGAUUCUUCCAUAAAUGGGUCAAGUCCCUUGUCAUCGCCAUAUGCCAACAAUUCCGACAGAAUGGAAGACCAGUCAUCGGAGUUUUUAGAAAUGGAUUUACCCCCAUUGUCUCCCUGCCCAAGUCCCAAACCAAGAAGGCGACCCCUGAAAUCGAGGAGAUACUCUCCGAUCCCGUUUUCAGCUUAUCAGGACGAGGGACACGAGGGGGAUGUCGACGAGGCAUCAGAGCAGAGGGUCCCCGCGCCAGGGACGGAGUUUUCCUCACCCGCCUGUCCGGUAUCCCCUCCCCACCGACGUCUGAGGGCAUUGAGGCUGUUUGAUACACCCCACACACCCAAAUCUCUCCUGCAAAAGGCCAGACGACGACGCCUCACAGACGACAAAGCUCGCCAUAAAGAGGAGAGAGUGGAAGCGAAUUUCAACCCUUUCACACCCAACAACAAUCGACCAGGAUCCGCCACUUUUAACGGCAAAAGAAACAGAUCCCAAUUUGAAAGGAGCUUAUUGGAAGAUUCUGCAGAUGAAAUUGAAAUUGAUAUCCCAUCUACAAAGAAAAUUGCACUGCACGAGAUCAACACCUCGAGAUACAAUGAAGAAUUCUAUGAAGUGUGUAAGUUGGGAGACGGUGAAUACGGCAGUGUUUUCAAAUGUGUCCACCGAUUGGACGGCUGUACCUAUGCCAUCAAGAAAUCAAAGACACCUGUUGCUGGCAGUGUGAAUGAGAGAAAUGCUAUGAAUGAGGUUUAUGCACAUGCAGUUCUAGGAAUUCAUCAACAUGUGGUCAGAUACUACUCCGCUUGGGCUGAAGAUGACUAUAUGUACAUCCAGAACGAGUACUGCAAUGGAGGCAGUCUGAGUGAGGUUCUGGAGAGUAACAGACGGACGGGGACGCGCAUGAGUGAGAGUGACUUCAAACAGGUGCUCCUCCACGUCGCCCAGGGGCUGAAGCUGAUCCACUCCCAAAACCUGGUCCACCUCGACAUCAAACCAGGAAAUGUCUUCAUCCAUAGAAAUGAGAAAUUCUUGCGGUCACCAGAGAGUGGAAUGGAGUCUUGCGAGGAAUUUGAUGAUGAAGAGGUAGAAGAAACGCCUGCAAUUAUCUACAAAAUAGGCGACCUUGGUCAUGUGACAUCGGUCAGUAAUCCCACGGUGGAGGAUGGAGAUUGUCGGUACCUGCCCAAAGAAAUCCUCAAUGAUGACUAUGACCACCUCACCAAGGCUGAUGUGUUCUCCUUGGGGGUCACCAUGUAUGAAGCUGGAACAGGCUGUCAAUUACCUAAAAAUGGUGAGGAAUGGCACGCAAUACGCCGUGGUGAACUUCAAAACAUUCCCCAGUACUCCAGUGAAAUCAAUGACUUAUUAAAGAGUAUGGUUCACCCUAACCCCAGCAGUCGCCCCUCGGCCAUGGCUAUAACUCAUCACCCUGCACUCUGUCCGCAGGCACAGAAGUCACGAGCCCAAUUACGCAAGGAACUUAACGAAGAAAGACUUAAAAACGAAGUGCUCUCAAGAAAACUGCAAGAGGCCACAAGGUGCAUACCGCGACCAUUCCGUGGAUUCCGAGUGGAGAGUGUGUCCACUGCGUCAGCGGUCCCACGGAACACCCGUCUCCUCGGGAAGAACAUGAAGCGGAGCAUGAGUCUCUCGGCCUUCUAAUGCUACAGCUUUUAAAAGAAAACAAACUGCGGAUAGUGCAAUAAUAGGACAUGGGAGUUGGGGUUUGGUGGACUGCAUGCUAAAUUUUUCCUUCGGCUUUCUUUCCAACAUUUUUUCUCUCGGCAUUUUUUUGAUCUGGUUAAGCUUUGUGACCCUCCUCUUUCACUGGUUUUUGUGUAGAGUAGUUUAUUGCAUUUAUUUGUUCUUAGUCUGAACUAUCAUUUGUAGUUGAUAUUUUGUGUAUUUUUUUCCCCAUCUGUGUAAUGUAUCUGUAAUACGAGUGCCAGUAUUAUUUAUUUCUCCAUCUCUUCAAUCAAUCUGUCUAUAAAGUUAGUAGAAACUUGUCUUCGAGUCCUGUAACCAAAUCUGUCAUCUUGUAACCAAGUGGAGAUUGUCUCCCUUUCUCAUUGUGAUAUUUGUAUGUAUGUGUGUGUGAAAGUGUUUGUGUGUGUAUGAAUUUUCCUCAGAUUGGGAAGAAAUAAUUUGUAUAGAUUUAUAUUUCGUCAUUGAUGGUGCAUAUCAUUCAAUAUAUUUUCCAUGGAGAAUUCAUAUUCACUAAUAUUAUAAAACCCAAGUGGUUGAGGGAGCUUCUUCUCAUUUUCAUUCACUGAGAUGUAAAUAUCUUUUCUCAUUUUCAUUUUAAACAGAUAAUUUGUCUUAAACCCGAAAUAAUCGUUAGAUUUGUUAAUCUCAUUUUUCAUCUAAUUAUUUCAUUAUGUACAUGUAUACCAACUUAAAAUUUUGUUAUUUAUUCAUAGAUUUUAUCUUGACAAUUUUCAAGUAAUUAUAUUUUAUGUAGAAGUGUGGUGUCUUUGCAUGUAAUUUUCUUAUUUUCUUUUUCACUUUGGAUUUAAUACAUUUGGUAAUACAUAUUCUACAUGGAAUGCAAUUGACGAUAUGUAAUUCUUUUGACUUUAGUGUUAAUUCUAUUCCUGCCAAUUUAUUGUUAUUAAAAAUUUGUAUAUUUUUAUUAAUCUAACCAGCAAGUAAUAUGUUAUUGGGGUGGGAAUGGGGGUAGUGUUUAAAGUAUUAUGUGAAACUUUUUGGUGGGGGUGGGGUUUG